AAAGUAUCAAAGUCAAACUUGAAGCAACCCAGUUUGUCCCCAUAGAUUUUUCAAGCUCAGCCUACAUAGGUAAUGAGACAUUCUCUCUUGAUAAUUGAUCUUCUGAUAAUUUCUGUUCAAGAAUAACAAUAAGGAAGAUGAGCUUCAGCUACCACCCUUAUCAGACUAGCUAUCAAGAUUCUCAAGACGAGUUCAAUAAGGCCACCGAUGACUUCGAUUCUGCAGUAAAAUGGGCUGUUGCAGGUUCUAUCAUUUCUGGCCUGGUGAUAACCAUAGCAAUUGUAGCUGUGAUCUAUGCUCUUAUUGACUGCUUGAAAAAGGCAGGCACUUCGAUCCCUUCGUAUGCACAACUUGCCACAAGUGAUCGUAUUGGUAAAGCUUCAUACUCAGAAAAAGAACAACGAUCAUCAGAACAUGUUUCAAUUGCAAUACCUCAUGUUCUUCAAGUCCCAAAUCAUUCACAGGUACAGAUGGAGUUUCCAACAAUGGAGAGAUUCUUAAGCAAUAUGGAAAAAGAGAAGCCAAUCAGAUUCUCAUCUGACCAGAUUGCAAGUUUUACAGAAGAGUAUUCAACAAUUCUAGGAUCUGGUGGCUUUGGUGUAGUUUUCAAAGGAUUAGUACCAAAUGGAACACAGGUAGCUGUAAAAGUACUAACUGAUGCCCUAGAUCAUAAGAGCAUUGAAGGUCAAUUCAUGGCAGAAGUCAGCACUAUGGGCAGAACUAAUCAUAUCAAUCUGGUAAAACUCUUCGGGUUCUGCUUCGACAGAAGUACUCGAGCACUUGUUUAUGAGUACAUGGAGAAAGGUUCUCUUGAUGGAAUCUUGUUUAAUGAGAACAGAGAGGUAGAAUGGCAGAAGCUUAAUGAAAUUGCAAUAGGCACUGCAAAAGGAAUCGCAUAUUUGCACGAGGAAUGUCAAGAGAGGAUCAUUCAUUACGAUAUAAAACCAGCUAACAUACUUCUUGAUGCCAAUUUGACCCCAAAAGUAGCUGAUUUCGGAUUAGCAAAGCUUUGUAAAAGAGAUGAAAGCAGUCAAGUCCAAUUGACAGGCUACAAGGGAACACCAGGGUAUGCAGCACCCGAGCUAUGGAUGCCUUUUCCUGUGACUCACAAGUGUGAUGUCUAUAGUUUUGGUAUCCUUCUGUUCGAGAUCUUAGGAAGAAGAAGACACCAUGAUAUUAAUGCCACUGAGUCAUGUCAAUGGUUGCCGAGAUGGACAUGGGAAAUGUUUAACAACAACGAAUUAGUAGUCAUGUUAUCGCUCUGUGGGAUAGAAGAGAAGGAUAGAGGGAAAGCAGAGAAGAUGGCUAUGGUGGCUCUAUGGUGUGUUCAGUAUUCGCCAGAGGAGAGGCCUCUUAUGAGCUCUGUGGUGAAGAUGUUAGAGGGAGAUACGGAAAUACCUCAGCCACCAAAUCCUUUCAAACAUCUGGAGCCAUACAUACCUGUCGAUAGCGGAUCAAAUGACUGGAGCACUUCCGUAACAGACAGAGAAAGCUCUGGACAGUCUCACUUAAAAUCAAAUAGGAGAUGCGACAUUGAAUUAGCCAACUAGCUCAUUCUUUUAAAAUUAAGAUUAGUACUAAUAGAGGAGAUAUAUGAUAAUGAAAUCUCUGAUUCUACAUUGGAAUAAAAACUGAAGGGCAGAUUUUGAA